AUGGCCGACGCGAAGCUGUCAACUCUGUGUCUGUUGGGCUGCGGAAAUCUGGGAGCUGCAAUUCUCAGCAGUCUACUCAAUACAACCAAACCCGAGCCUCUGUUCAACCGGUUUAUUGCUUGUGUUCGCAGUGAAAUCUCUGAAACGAAGCUAACGGAGCGAUUCUCUGGGCACCAAGACCGACUGACUGUUUACCGGGGCAACAAUAUCAAGGCUGUGCGGGAGUCCGACGUGAUCAUACUAGGAGUCGAUCCGGCAGAUAUCCAGACUGUCUUGACCCAGCACGGCCUGCGCGAAGUGCUCGAGGGGAAAUUGCUGAUCAGCAUUGCCGCGGGCUGGACCAGACAAAAGCUCGAGCAGACCAUCUACGGCAGUGAAACAACCAUUGCCAACAAGCCCGAUCGGGCAUAUGUGGUUCGCACCCUCCCUAACAUCGCCGCCCAGGUUUCUCAAUCCCUCACGGCGAUUGAAGUUUCGGAGCCUGCUCUCCCAGAGCACUAUCUGCAGAUCACGACCGCGAUCUUCGAGCAAAUCGGCCGGCCGGUUCAUAUCGACCCGAGACUGAUGAAUGCGACGACGGCAGUCGGCGGCUCAACGCCGGCCUUCUUUGCCGUCAUUUGCGAUGCCCUGAUUGAUGCGGCCGUGGCGGUUGGGGUCCCUCGCGAUCUGGCACAAACGAUGAUCUUUCAGUCCAUGCAAGGCACUGCUAUGAUGCUUCAGGGAGGAAUGCAGCCGGCGACCCUGCGCGACCAAGGCACAUCUCCCGAGGGAUGUACCAUUGGAGGCUUGAUGGUCCUUGAAGAAGGCGCAGUCCGUGGCCACGUUGGACGGGCUCUUCGAGAGGCGGUCACAUUGGCUCGUCUUAUGGAAACAACCGAGCAUGUAAAUGAUACCAGACAUUAG